AUGGAGUCCAAAGAAUCGCUAAAGUCCACAGGGGAGGAAGCAGGGAAAAGUGUUAAUUUCCGUGACAAAGGAGGACUUGUGAUGGACUUUCCUCCAUCCUUUAGGGGUGGAGCUCCUGUCAAGACUCCAGCAUCUACAGCUCCCCUGCCUGCCUCCUCUCAGUCUGACUGCAAGCAGCAACCUUCUCUGUGUGAUUUGUCAAAGGGAUUAGGAAGCAAUGCACCACAGCCAGAUCUCUCCAAAGCAGUGUCGCUGUCAAUGGGAAUAUAUAUGGGCGAGACAGAUACUAAAGUGAUGGGUAACGAACUUGGAUUUCCACAGCAGGGCCAAAUCAGUCUCUCUUCUGGAGAAACAGAUUUCAGGCUCCUUGAAGAAAGCAUUGCAAGCUUGAAUAAGACCUCUAGCCUGGCAGAAGGCUCAAAGGGUACAGCAUCUCUGGACGUGCCCUUAGAGCCAGGGUUCCCAAGCAUGGCUGGUCAUGAUCGCACUUUAGAGCAAGGAGCUUUAGUGCAAGGCCAAGUUGGCAGUAAUGGCGGCAAUUUGAAGCUCUUUUCUGAAGACCAAAGCACCUUUGAUAUUCUGCAGGAUUUUGAUUUGCCACCAGUAUCUCCCGGAAAAGAAACAAAUGGGAGUCCCUGGAGAAUGGACCCCUUGCUGGAUGAAGGCAGCUUGCUUUCACCUCUGGGCGCAGAUGAGGGUUUUCUCCUGGAAGAAAAGGAUAUUGAGGACUGCAAGCCUCCUAUUUUACCAGACACUAAGCCUACAAUCAAUGAGCGUGGGGAUAUUUUGCCCACCCCCACAGUGCAGAUGCCACAAGUGAAGACUGAAAAAGAAGAUUUUAUUGAACUGUGCACCCCUGGGGUGAUAAAGCAGGAGAAAAUUGGCCCAGUUUAUUGCCAUGCUAGCUUCUCUGGUUCUAACGUCCUUGGAAAUAAAACAUCUGCCAUUUCUGUUCAUGGUGUCAGCACUUCUGGAGGACAAAUGUACCACUAUGACUUGAAUACAGCAUCCGUCUCGCAACAGCAGGAUCAGAAACCAGUUUUUAAUGCCAUUCCAUCUCAUCCUGCUAGUUCAGAAAAUUGGAAUAGGUGCCAAGGAUCUGGGGAUGAUGCUCUUACUGCAAUAGGAACUUUGAAUUUUUCUGGAAGACCUGCCUUCUCGAAUGGAUAUUCAAGUCCUGGAAUGAGAUCUGAUGUGAGCACUUCACCAUCUACCUCCUCAACAGCUACGGGACCACCUCCCAAACUUUGCCUUGUUUGCUCAGAUGAGGCUUCUGGAUGUCAUUAUGGUGUCCUAACUUGUGGCAGCUGCAAAGUAUUCUUCAAAAGAGCAGUGGAAGGGCAGCACAAUUAUCUCUGUGCUGGAAGAAAUGAUUGUAUCAUUGACAAAAUUCGGAGAAAGAAUUGCCCAGCUUGCCGCUACCGGAAAUGUCUUCAAGCUGGCAUGAACCUAGAAGCUCGAAAGACUAAGAAGAAGAUAAAAGGAAUUCAACAGUCCAACAUUGCUGCAGGGAGGGAUACUGCUGAAAGUCCUGUAAACAAAGCUGUAGUUCCUAUCUCCCUACCACAACUUACUCCUACUCUGGUCUCCCUACUGGAAGUCAUUGAGCCAGAAGUGAUGUUUUCAGGCUAUGACAGCACAAUACCAGACACAACAUGGCGUAUAAUGUCAACUCUCAAUAUGCUAGGAGGAAGGCAAGUGGUAGCUGCAGUGAAAUGGGCAAAGGCAAUUCCAGGUUUCAGAAACUUGCAUCUGGAUGACCAAAUGACCCUUCUGCAGUAUUCUUGGAUGUUUUUGAUGGCUUUUGCUUUAGGAUGGAGAUCAUAUAAGCAGUCUAAUGGGAGCCUGCUGUGUUUUGCACCGGAUUUGAUCAUUAAUGAGCAGAGAAUGAAUUUACCCUGCAUGUAUGAACAAUGCAAACGUUUGCUGAUGGUUACUAACGAGUUAGCACGGCUUCAAGUUUCAUAUGAAGAAUAUCUCUGUAUGAAAACUUUGCUGCUUCUCUCGACAGUUCCCAAGGAGGGCCUGAAGAGCCAAGCCCUGUUUGAAGAAAUUCGUAUGACCUACAUCAAAGAGCUAGGGAAAGCUAUCGUGAAGAGAGAAGGGAACUCUAGUCAGAACUGGCAACGAUUUUAUCAACUGACAAAACUUUUGGACUCCAUGCAUGAUGUGGUUGAGAAUCUUCUAAGCUUUUGCUUCCAAACGUUUUUGGAUAAAUCCAUGAGUGUUGAGUUUCCAGAAAUGUUGGCAGAAAUCAUCAGCAAUCAGUUACCAAAAUAUUCAAAUGGAAAUAUCAAAAAACUGUUAUUUCAUCAGAAAUGACUGCCUUAAUACAGAAAGAUUGCCUUAAGAAAAAAAAAAAGUCAUUAUAGCUUCUUUUUUAUAAACUAAAAGACUUGUUAAUUUUGUCCUUGCAACUAUAUUGGGUGCUCUUGUUUUGUUUUUUGUAAUUAUGCACUACAUGUGGUUUACAGAGGGCCAAGACCUAGGUUUCAGAAUCAGCCCCGUCUAACUAAAUGAUUACAGGAAGAAGAAAAAGAAGAAAAUAUGGGUUGAGAUUUUUUCAUUCAUGUGCUACACCACCAUAUUGGCAGUAUAGGAUGCACCAAAACCAGCGGUGUCAAGCUCAGAAUCUACAUUGUUAACAUUCUGCUAGGAAUUUCUGCAAGUUGGCUGGAUAAAAUUUUCUAGAUUUUUGUUUUGGUAUAGAUGUUUUGUAUAGUUAAGGUAGCAUUUUUGAUUUGUGCAUGUUAACAUGAAGAAAGUUUACAACUGUAUAUCGGAAAAGGGAAGUUGUGCCUUUUAUAGCUAUUAUUGUCUGGUUUUAGCAAUUUUCCUUUAACUUUAUAUACAGUGAAAGCUUGCUCAUUUUUUCUUACAUAAUUUUGUAAAACUUCAAGAUGCCUAUUGUACAGCUGUUUUUUAAGGUGGGGCAGCUCAUAGCUUAAUGACCUCCAGAUAUUAAUCUUUGAAUAUACUCAUGUGAAUAUAGGUUGACUUUUCUAAUCUGAUCAAGACUGUCAUAGUGACCCUUCUAUAUUAAUCAAUUUGGCCAAUAAAUUCAGCCUUCUUUAAGGGGGGGGGGGAGUAGGGAUUGAAAUGUAUUCCAAAUCAAAUCUAAAAUGCAUACUUUUGAUAUUUGUCAAACAUGUUCUGUGAGCUACUAGAAAACCUAGCUCUGUCUUAAACAGGUGUAAACUUUUUUAAAGGAAACAACCUAGAUAUUUCCACUUAAUGUGAUAGCCAUAAUUGUAAGAACCUUGGGCUAGAUAGUCAGUAAAAAGAUCAGUCUUGACUGCCCAUCAGGAAACUUUCAGGAAAAUAUGCAUAAUUUUUAAAAGGUUUACUUCUAUGUGGAGAAAUUAACUUUUUUCCAUACUCAAUUUAUUGCCAUAUGCGUGUGUACUUACGUAUGUAUUGGUGCAUAUUAUAUAUACAUGUAUGUGUAUACAGUGGCCACAAUCCAGAGCAGCUAUAGUUAGCAGAACAAAACUGAUAUGCACAACCAGUGGUAUGUCUAAUGUUCUCCUUAGACACAGUUUAAAAGCCACAAAAACUGUGCUUUUUAAAAAAUUAGGAGAUCGAUAUUAGUGACCAAUCAUCAUUGUUCACAAAGUGCAAAGUUGUGUAUUUACCUCUAUGGGGUGCUCAGAAUUGCUGGAUUCUACCAAAUUAGGAGCAGAGCUCUGCUGUCAUGCUUUCGAGACUUCUCUAUGUAAGGAUGUGAUCAUCACUGAUAGAUCUGAUCAUCCGUUUGAAAGGAGGCAAGGGAUACCAGAACUGGUUUAGAGCUGUUAGUGGUAUCCAUCUGUUGCACAGUGUGUGCACAGAUCAAGAAUACCCUGGGAACUGAGCAUCAGGGGCUUACCUCUAUGGCAGCUUUUCGCACUCCCAGUAGAGCAGAUCCACAAGCAGAAAGAAGUUUCUUUCUGCUCAUUGAUCACUCACUGGAUUGGGGCAGAUGUGUAUACUCUUAACAACUUUUUAAGUUGAUGGCUAAAUUUCCAUUGACUUUUAACAGUCAGGAACUAUAUAUAUAUAUAUAUAUGUACAUGUAUACAUACUUUCUAUAUAAAUACAUACAUACAUAUAUAUAUAAAAACAUAAAUAUCAUUGACUUACAAAAAUAGUUGUAAUUAUGCCCAAUAUUUUAUGUUUAUUGUAAUAAUUCUUUAGAAGAUUUUGUUUCAAAUAAGAUAUGCAGAAGAUAAAAUAGACCAAACUACAGGGAAAAAAUCCUCUUAGUUGUGGAAGAUAAAAAUCCCAAACCUGUGUAUGAUUACACACCCAUUUUCUACCUUGUUGUCAUCUGUUUCAUCUUGUUUCCUGGACGUCAGGAAGAUUCCGCUACUGAUUUUGUGGUUUAAAGUAGAACCUAGUCUCUGUGCAGCUCUAUCCCUUCUGUAUCAAAACAACUAGUGUGCCAUAAAACAACCGUAUAUGUCUUGUGAAAUUUUCCUUGUCAUCACUGAUUUAUAUUUUAAACAAUUUGUAAGCUGUAGUAGCCCAUUCUUUGAGCACCUUAGGAAUUUUCGGGGGUGGGGGGGGAGGGAAUAAAACACUUUGCCACUCUAAAGAAAGGGCAAAAUGAUUUUUUUAACUCUUAAGUGGCCUGAAUAUUUCUGUAAAAAAAAAAUUGUGGGCUUAAUAACCUAACAAGUGGGUUAAAAAUCAAAAUACUAGGACAUUAAGCUAUUAAUAUAUUUUAGAUAUAGUUUCGAGUAUGUAUCAUUUGUUGCUGUUUGAAGAAAACAAUGGAAGGGCUACUACAGCUUUAAAAGCAGUUUAUCAAAUUAUUGUAAAAUAGCUUGUAUAGUGUAUGAUAAGAAUGGUUUUUAGAUGACAGAUUGCUUUAUCAUGACACACAAUAUAUUUUUUCUAGGGGGUCACAAAAGUGUUGAAUUAUGGUAUGUCUGGAAGUAUUAAUCCUGGCAGCAUUGUUCUGAAGUAUCUCAAGAGGUACUCUGGUUUUAUGUGUUUUUCCUUGUUCUUUUCUUUUUCUUUUUUAAAGUUUAAAGGAAUCUCCCAGUAUUCAGUGGGGGUUCUUGGGGCUGAAACCGAAAUCCAUUAGAUCGCUAUCGGUAAAGACACAGGCUGAAAGUUGGACAUAAUAAGCAAGCCUGUGUGCUUGGCUACCCCUCACAUUCCAGGACUAAACUUACAUAAGCUAUACAGGUUCAUUUGACCUACACUGCAAAAAAAAAGAAAACAAACUGAAUUAGUGUGUCCAUGCAGGUAUUUUUACCUAUUCAUGUGCACAACUGGAUAUUUGGGGUUACUUUCACAUACAGCCUCACAGAGCACAGCAAAACAGCUCGUCAAAUUUGGCAAUAAAAUGCAUACAUUAACCAGCAAUAUGUAAAUAUAGAGCAUAGGAUAUUCACAGUGUACUAACUACAUUUCUAUUAUUCAACAGAAAUGUUCAUGGUAAAGUAGGAAUUUUACCUAGACACCUCUUCUUAAUCCUCUUUUUAAAUGUUAGGCUUAUAAAUAAAAAUCCCCAGCUGUUUAUGCUCAAUACAUGGGAGUAAAAGAUCACAUUUAUUAUCAAAAGUAAUUAUUCUUUAUGGCUUCUGUGUAGUCCCACAAUUCCUUGUUGUGACUGCAGAUAACAUCUCUAGAACCUUUUACACCUCUAGAGAGGGAGCAGGCACUCAUGCCCGUUCUCUGAGGUAUAGAAACCAGCCUCUCUGCAAGGAGUGGGAUAAGUAUCUUCCUGCUUGCUUCUCUUCUGCUGCAAGUGCAGCAUUGCUGAGAUCAUUUCCCUUGAGUAUUCCCUCAUUGCUCUUCCAGAGGAAUGCCACAGCUCCCUUUCUAAAGCUUUAAAAGGUUCCAAAGAAAGGUGCCGUGCACAAGGGUGAAUCCCAUUUGUGUGACUCACAGAUGACCAGUCAAAGAAAAGCCAGUUACAGGUAAGCAAUCUCUCUGUCUUCUUUAAUGAGCUCUUAAUGGGAUGUACAUUUAAUAGUUAACCUAAGCUUCAGAGAGUAUUUUAAUAGUAGUUUGCAACCCAAUUGGAUGAAAUUGUUUAUUCUACCAGUUUUUAGCUAAAUCUAACAAGUUUUGGUUUCCAUAUGGUCCCUGAAAAGAUAGAGCAUGAGACCCUGUCCUUAUUUCAAAGAAAACUACAAAAGUUAAACUUGGGAAGUGACAUAUUAAUCCUUUUAGUCCGUUACCUGAGUUUAAACUAGUGGCAUGCAUGGACAAAUGUAUGUGUGGCUGUUUACCAAUAUAAUGGAAGUAUACCAGAAUCAGUACUAUGGUUACAUGAGAAUAAGUACUUUAGCAGGGGAGGAAAGGCUCUAAUUCUUUUGAUUUCAUGUGUUUGUUCAAUUUAUGGAUUUCAUUUUUUUUUUACAACAAUGCAAAUGAUUUGGAAAAAAACUUUCAAGUUAAACAUGCUGUUAAGGUACAACACAAGCCAUUUAAAGUACAUAAGCAUCAACAAACAUAUGUUGUUUCUUGUCUGGCUAAUCUUUUUUAGUGCUAGGGGUGGGGGAAGCACUUUGAAUAAAGCAGGGAAAAUUCUGACUUCUGUCUCUUCAGUGCCUUGCCAUAUCAUGCUUACAUGGAAAUAAUUGGAUAGCCCCAGAUAUGCAUGCUGUAUGUUAACUUGCACAUGGGAUCUAAUAGGAAUGGCCUUUCAUAGGGUAUGUUAGGGCAUGCUAACAGAGAAAAAGGAGUUUUACAGCUCUUGAACCAGUAAAGCAAGGGUCAGAGCCUUAGGCUGUAAACCUAAGCACAUUUAUUUUGACGUAAACUCAUAUAAAAUCUGUGGGACUGACAUCUUAGUAAAUGUAUUUAGGAUUAGUGUGCCAAUCUUGCCACCCAGAGUAAACCAAAAAAUGCAUUCUCUUCUUGAAAACAGCAGCAGGAGUAAAUAGUGCACACAGUUGUUGGAACAAGUGCCAAGCUGUCUUUGAAAACACAGCCUCCUAACUUUUACAAAAUACCUGCAUAUUUAGUAACAUAAAUGAUAAGGUGGAAAGUGAAGGAGACUGCAGUCUUUGCCAUGCUUGCACACAACCAUUAUUUGCAAAUGUGUAAGCACAUCGGAAUGAUCACAGAGCUUGCCAUAUCUUCAUUUUGUCCAGCAUGCAGGAAGCUGAUGAGGCUUAAUUUUACAUGGCCAUGUAUACUUUGCUGUUGGCCAUGGGAACAGCUUAAUCCUCUUGACACUUGCUAAAAGCACUUCAUUUUUAAAUUCAAGUGUAUCCCAAUUUUGUUCCAAGGUUUUAAAAAAGCAAUUAAUUUGAUUCUAGUUGAAUGUGAAAAAAAAAUAAUUAUAGCUGUACCAGGGGUAUUCCAAAGAGGGAAGGUAACAGAUCAAAUUUCUGUUGACCUGAUCCCUAAUAUGACCGCAGUAUUUUGAGUUGGGCCUGGAGAAAUACAGUACUGAAAGUGCACAUUUUCCUCAGAACUGUUGAAUCAAAGUUGCCCUUCUACAUGUGGAAGCUGAUUACCUCUCACAGAAGGACCUUUUUCCACUUACACUAGUGACACAGGAAAGUGAACAAAACCCAAAGAUUUUUCUUCUGUUUGCAUGGGCAGUACAAUGACGGCUGCAGUAGAGUUGCAUGCAUAUUAGAGAACUUCAGGAACUCAUCAUGUACACUUUACAGAACAGCGGUAGUAGUGAUAUUCAUUCUACUUGUGGUUCUUUCGAUCCUAGUCCUCCAGGAGGUAUUGGGGGGGGGGAUGAAUUGAUGUUUCAGCAUUAAAUAACAAGGGUAGUAGUAAUUUAAUUUUCACUAUUUUGGAAGUAUGCCAACUCCCACCAAUCUAAUUUUAAUAAAACUGAUAAAAAUACAGAAGGGGGGGGUGGUGGAGGGAAGUUGAACACCACAGAGAAAGACAAUAAAUGCAGAAUAAAAUGGCCCCAAAUUUGCUUUACAUUUUUAAAAUACCUCUGUAGGGUCAUGUAUGACCUCCAAAGUGUAGGAGGAUUAAGACAUUGAGUUUUUUUAAAAAAAUGGGUGGCAAGACCUUGGUAUUUUAGCCCCUUCAAGAUGAAAUCUGUACUUUAAGAAUUCUGUAAGGGACCAUAGUCUCCACCCUUUCAGAACUGAGCUUCAUCCACUGUCUAAUCAAUAGCAAAACUAGUGGAAUCAGCUCUACAAAGAUAAACACAUUUUAUGCUACUGCUGUUUUAUAGGAACAAUACUUUCAGGCGCAGAAUAGAGCCUCAUGUUGGAAAACAUUAAAGGACUCUUUUUGAGGCUUUUGUUUUCUGGUCAAAGGCUGUGUAUGAAAAUACCCUCCCUCCCCAUUCUAAGAGCACGGAUUCAACAGUAGUGUGUCAACAUUCUACUUUGUAUAUUAAAAGAUAUAUAAUGGGGACAAAUCCUAUAUUAUGCUGGUGUAUGGCAUUAUUAAAAAGCUUUUUUCAUUAUUUUUCACGGUAAUUUUAAACAGUGUAAAAUUAAAACAAGUGACUCCUGUUUAAAAAUAAAAGUUGUAGUUUUUUAUUCAUGCUGAAUAACUCUGUAGUAACUGUCUUUUCACCUACUCAGUGAAAUGUUGGACUGUAAAAUCUUGUGUGGAAAUGUUAAGCAUUUAUUUUUCAUUUUAAAUUUCGCUGUUCUAGUAAAUUCAAAACCACACGUUUGUACAGAAGUUGCAGUAAAUGUAAGCCAUUUACAGCAAUGCUGAAUAAUGGACAGAAUUAAUAAAAAUCUGCUUUUUCAUUA